AUGUCGAUCGAGGAAAAAAUGGCCGACGUCAAGUUGGACCAGGCACAGACUCAGGCCACCGGCGACAACGCUGCUUCCGCUGCUGCUGAACAGAAGGUUACCCCUUGGGAAGUGGAAGGGGCGGUGGUCGAUGGCCAGGCGCAGGACAUCGACUACGACAAGCUCAUCCAGCAAUUCGGCACCAGAAAGAUCACCGAGGAAACCUUGGCUCGUUUCAAGGAAGUCACUGGCCACGAACCUCAUCCGUUCUUAAAAAGAGGCGUGUUCUUCUCCGAGAGAGACUUAAACCGUAUCCUUGGCUUAUACGAAGUUGGCGACCCCUUUUUCCUCUACACCGGGCGGGGGCCGUCGCUGGACUCGAUGCACUUGGGCCACAUGGUCCCCUUCAUCUUCACCAAGUGGUUACAAGAUGUCUUUGACGUCCCCUUGGUCGUCGAGCUUACUGAUGACGAAAAGUUCUUGUUCAAGCAAAAGCUCAAGAUCGAGGACGUGAAACAGUUUGCCCGCCAAAACACUAGAGAUAUCAUCGCCGUCGGCUUCAACCCGGAAAACACUUUCAUCUUCCUGGACUUGGAGUACAUGGGCGGCGCCUUCUACGAGAACGUGGUGCGGACGCUGAGACAGAUCACCACGUCGACGGCUAAGGCGGUAUUCGGGUUCAACGACUCCGACUGCAUCGGUAAGAUCCACUUCGCCUCGAUCCAGAUCGCCACCGCCUUCCCGCUGUCGUUCCCCGACGUGUUGGGUCUUCCUCCCAAGACGCCGUGCUUGAUCCCCUGCGCCAUCGACCAGGACCCGUACUUCCGCGUGUGCCGUGACGUCGCCGACAAGCUCAAGUUCACCAAGCCGUCGUUGAUCCACGCCAAGUUUUUCCCGGCCUUGCAAGGGGCGCUGACGAAGAUGUCGGCCUCCGACGAAACGACGUCGAUCUUCAUGAGCGACACUCCCAACCAAAUCAAGAAGAAGAUCAACAAGUACGCCUUCUCCGGUGGUAAGACCUCGGUCGAAGAACACCGUCGCGACGGGGGUAACCCCGACGUCGACGUCGCCUACCAGUACCUCCUGUUCUUCGAGCACGACGACGAGAAGUUGCAAAAGAUUUACGACGGCUACAAGCUGGGCGAAGUGUUGUCGGGUGAGAUGAAGGCCGAGUGCAUUGCCGUGUUGCAGAAGUACGUCAGCGAGUACCAGGAGCGCCGCAACGCCGUCGACGACGCCACCAUCGAUGCUUUCAUGAAGCCCCACAAGUUGGUGUGGGGCCAGAAGGAGCGUCUUGUCCCCGCCGACCCCAGCAAGAAGAAGAAGCUGGACGCGAAGCCGGCCAAGAAGUAG